ACGGCUCUGGUAGCAGCUGCUGCAAUAUAGGAGGGCAGUCUCUUUCCUCCUCUCCUCUGAGACUGUUAAAGGUUUUCUCUAUAAGGAACCCUGCAGUCGUCAAGUGGUCUCCCACAUCUCUCCUUGAAACUAUUCGCUUGCUGUGACCUACUUGACGAAUAAAGUCUUUCUACCAGCCUCUGAUUCAAAUUGAUCAACAUGUCAUCACAGGGAGGUCGUUAUAGAGGCUCAGUGAAGGAUUUUCCAGACUUUGAUGCCAGUCAAGAUGCAGAAACUCUUUAUAAAGCCAUGAAAGGUUUUGGCAGUGAUAAAGAAGCCAUACUGGACCUCAUCACAACCAGGAGGAACCACCAGCGUAUUGAAAUCAUCCAGGCCUACAAAUCCCUCUAUGGGAAGGAUCUUAUUGAAGAUUUGAAAUAUGAACUGACUGGAAAAUUUGAAAGACUCAUAGUAGGGUUGAUGCGCCCUCCUGCAUACUGUGAUGCCAAGGAAAUUAAGGAUGCCAUAGAUGGUGUUGGCACAGAUGAGAAAUGCCUUAUAGAGAUAUUGGCCUCUCGUGAUAACCAGCAAAUUCAUGCACUGGUGGAGGCUUAUAAAGAUGCAUAUGGCCGUGAUCUGGAGACAGAUGUAGUUAAAGAUACCAGUGGUCAUUUCAAGAAAAUGCUUGUUGUUCUACUGCAGGGCACAAGAGAAGAAGAUGACAUUGUGAGUGAGGAUCUGGUAAUGCAGGAUGCCACGGACUUAUUUGAAGCUGGAGAACAGAAAUGGGGAACCGAUGAGGCUCAAUUCAUCUAUAUUUUAGGAAGCAGGAGCAAGACACAUCUUCAACUAGUGCUUGAUGAGUAUGAGAAAAUUGCCGGGAAACCUAUAGAAGAAAGUAUUAAGGGAGAACUUUCUGGAGACUUUGAGAAGUUGAUGUUGGCUGUAGUAAAAUGUGUCCGUAGCAUAAAGGACUAUUUUGCCACAAGACUGUACAAAGCCAUGAAGGGCAUGGGCACAGCUGAUAAUACUCUUAUUCGCAUUAUGGUUUCACGCAGUGAAGUUGACAUGAUGGACAUUAGGGAGUCAUUCAGGACACAAUAUGAAAAGUCCCUGUACUCAAUGAUAAAGAAUGAUACAUCAGGGGAAUAUAAGAAGGCGCUUCUGAACCUGUGCGGUGGGGAUGAUGAUGCCGCUGGGGAGUAUUUCCCAGAAGCAGCCCAAGCAGCUUAUCAGAUGUGGGAGCAUAGCGCUUCAAGACAUGUUGAGGUGAAAGGAACAGUAUACCCAGCAGAUAAUUUCAAUGCAGACAAUGACGGCAAGGCUCUGAGGAAAGCAAUGAAAGGAUUUGGUACCGAUGAAGAUGCCAUUAUUGAUAUAAUUACCAAGCGCACUAAUGACCAAAGGCAAGAAAUAUUGAAGGCUUUUAAGUCCCAUUUUGGGCGAGACCUUAUGGCAGAUCUGAAAUCAGAAGUUUCUGGUACUCUGGGCAAAGUGAUCCUCGGUCUUAUGCUAACUCCUGCCCAGUUUGAUGCCAAACAGAUAAACAAAGCCAUUGCGGGGGCAGGAACGGAUGAAAAUGCCCUCAUUGAAAUCUUGGCCACAAGAACAAAUGCAGACAUCCAUGCCAUAAAUCAGGCUUAUCAGGAAGCUUAUCAUAAGUCCCUGGAAGAUGCUGUACGAUCUGACACAUCCGGACAUUUCAAACGUAUCCUUGUAUCACUGUCAUCGGGUAACCGAGAUGAAAAUAAUGAGGAUUUGGAUAAAGCAAGUGAGGAUGCCAAGGUUCUUGCUUCAGUCUUGGAAGUGUCUGAUUCUGGAUCAGGUGAUGCUAGCUCCUUGGAAACACGCUUUAUGACCAUCCUGUGCACUCGGAGCUAUCCACAUCUAAGAAGAGUUUUCCAGGAGUUUAUUAAGCAGACAAACCAUGAUGUGGAACACACCAUAAAGAAAGAAAUGUCAGGAGAUGUAAAGAGUGCUUUUGUAGCUAUAGUGCGCAGUGUGAAAAAUAAGCCAGCCUUCUUUGCAGAACAACUCAAGAAAGCGAUGAAGGGGGCUGGUACAGAUGAAAGGACACUUAACAGGAUUUUGAUUUCCAGGAGUGAAACUGACUUAUUGAACAUCCGUCAUGAGUUUAAGACUAUGUACGAGAAGUCUCUGCAUCAUUGUAUUGAGAGUGAAACCUCUGGGGACUACCGCAAAGCCCUGCUGGCCAUCUGCGGUGGAGAUGACUAAGUUGCUAAUACCUGUCACACUGAACCCAGAUCAGUGGUUUUCAAGAGUUCAUGUACCAAAGUCUUUGCAGUGGAUAGAAUACUGAAUCUACUGAGCACCAGUGAAAAGAUAUCCUCACAAAGCAAAGAAAGUGCACCAAAGAUAUAAUGGGGAUUGGGGAGGGAGGGAGACUGGGAGGGAGAGGCUGAAAAUGGGGUAGUUUUUUUUAAAUUCCAAGACUUUAGCAAAUGGGUUGAAGCUACCUUGUCCAAUAAUUGUAGAUCUUUCCUGAAUAAAGGAGGACCCAACCUAGAUCGAAUAAAACAUUUAAUGAUGGCAUAUC